UCAGUCACCGCCAUUCAGCAUAAAUAGAUGCCAUCUUUGAUGGGGAGGCACACUCACCAUGGAUCUUCUCAAGAGGCACCUGCUGCUCCUGGUCAUCGGAGCUUACCUGUGUGUCGGCGCCCAGGCCACGAUCACCAUUCAGAAAGCCAAGCCAGCGCUGCCGGAUCCCAGCCAGCUGCUAGCCAAGCUACCACCAAAGCCGGACUUUCUCAAGGAUCCCUCCAAAUUACUAGCCAAAAUCGCGCAAUCCAAGCCAGCUCUCCCAGAUCCCAGCCAGCUGCUCGCCAAGCUGCCGCCCAAGCCCGCCUUCCUGAAGGAUCCCAGCCAGCUGCUCUCCAAGUUCGUGAAACCAAAGCCUGUGAUCAUAAAGCCGGUGAUUGUGAAGCCGGUGGUGGUGGUCAAGCCCGUGGCGGUCGGUGGAGGUGGCGGUGGCGGGGGUCACGGUCACGGACAUCAUGGACAUCACGGACACCAUGGCAAGGGCAAGCUACAACUAUAGAUUUCUUUAUAGAACAGUAGGAAACAGGAAGGUGAUUUAUAAUUUAAAUAAAUGUAUACAUCUGUGACAAGUUCAUCACUCGGCUUUAAAAACAACCUAAAAACCACUAAAAAAAAAAGUUUAUUCUUAAUAAAAGCGUGUUAGUAAAGAGUGUUAUUAUCAUUUAAAA